AUGAAUGCACAGCAUCUCACGCAGACCUUGGUCGAGUCCUUCAACGCUCUCGCAGAUGAGGUCCAGCAUUUGAAUGACCGCCAGGUGGUCCUGGAGCACAAGCUGCGCUACGCCCACGAACAGUUCCAAUACCUCGCCGACAGGUAUGCACCCGCGGCGCCAGAAAUCUCGGACACGCUCGUGAACCUGCAGAUCCCGCCUGACCCCCACAAUACCUCAUUGGCAAACACCAACUAUGUGCCCCUCCUCAAACGCAAAUCCGCAGACUCCACAAAGCACCAGAUUGCUUUGAUCAUCAGAGAAGGCAGGCGGGCCGCCUCGUCCCUGGGAAACCACAGCAGAAGCAGCCGCUCCAGCCGCGACACCCUGUCCCGCACCACCAUGACAACCGCCGCCUCCACCGUUCUGGAGCAGGACUUCACUGUCGAGGGCAAGAAGGGGACCCUGGGUUGUCCGUUCACUAGACCGGUCUCAGGUGCAGACGAGCCGGCAACGAGCGGCAGCCGCGCCGAAGCCCCGGACACAACCCCCCAUCAUUCUGGCGAUCCCAUCUGCGCCGCCAUGUAUGAGGAGAAUACCAGCAUGCCGGCGCCCCCUGGGCAAGAUGCCUCCUCAAAGUGCCCCAUUCGCUACAUGGAUCAGCACUCUCCCGAGGAGAUCGCACACUACCUCGAGGUUCACAAGCAUGAGCUGCCACGCAGUCAUGAGGUGUGUCUACGGAGGUACCAGAAGAACGAGGACCAUAUCCGAAAGCUCGAUGCCAAGUACGGUAACUUGGUCAAUAUGGUCGAAGGCCUCGGCCGCAUUCAUCAGCCCAUGCUGCCAGAGCAGGACACCCGGCCUCAGAGCGAUGUGGAACGAGGAUCCAAUGAGCGGGUCGAGACUUGGGCACAGACAGUCAGCGCUAUCGGUACCGACGAUCCUGACCGCACUGCCAUGGAGGAGGUACCCAGCGAUGACGACGAACGGCAGAGCCAUUUCGACCGCCCUCUCAAGGAGGUGCGCGUAGGUGAAUCACCAAGUCGACCUUGGGGUAUAUCAGUACCUAUCUACGACACACCCUCGGCCGAUGGGCAAGAGCAAGAGCGCCCCGAGUCACCACCGCCUGCUCCUGUGCCUAUGCCCUCCACCCCCGCCCCGGAUACAGGAACUCCUGGUCGCCAGGCCGGCAAAUGUCCUUUUGAUCACACCAAGCUGCAGGCGAAGGGCACAACCCCAACCAUGCCCAAACACGAUGAGAAGACUCCGGAGCGGCCGGCUGCGUAUCCUAGCCAUCAGCCUUAUACACCUGCAACCGGAGCCCGCCAAGGCCAGCCGACCUUCUUCAACGCGGAUGAUCUGGCGCAGCCAAAAGCUGGCAACCCCCCGCAGAUGCUUUUCACCGGCCCGGUUUUCAUUGGAUAUCCUAUCGAGCAAGCGAUUCAGUUCAUGCAACACUUCCAGGGACAGCAGUGA